GUUCCCUGCGAAAAAUUCUCACUCUUCCCCAGCUCUUCCCCCUCUUAUCCAGUCGGUCAACUGUCUUGUCUCCUGAAGUAACGACAAAGGACGUCAUUACACUUUGACCCUCGACUUUACAGUCCUCACACUCUUUUCUUUUACACUCCUUCGGAAACACACUUAAGAAGACACACAAUGAACGCCCACAACAUUAACAACGUCGUUCAUCGUCGAAAUUUCCAAAAUAUCAAGGUCUCUGGCCAAGGUGGACGAAUGUAUCUGAAACGGGAUCCGGGCAACCCCGAAGGAGGUCUCGAAAAUUUAAAACAGCUGAAGGGAGAUGUUGCCGAUACAUCGACUGCACCGCCAGGAGCUGGCCAAGCUGACCGAACUAGCCCUCCUCCUACUGACACCAGUCAAAGCUCACCUACGAAAAAUCCCCCUAAAACUCAGGGAGAAACGACAGGACUUGGGACAAUAGAAACGACCAAGCACUCUUCAUCAAUCCAGCUUGUCCCACCGAUUGUCCCACCCACCGCUUCUCCGAGCACGAGUUUGUCCAGUACGACGCCCACGCAAAGGACUACAUCAACGAGUAGUUUAAGAACCACUUUGAACAGUCAACUAAUAAGCACACCGACGACCUCAAGUUCUUUGAGCUCUCCCUCUACCUCGUCGACGCCUUUGAUCAUCACAACCCCACGCAACACGGUUCCCAAUCGGUCAACUUCAACUUCAACUGAAAUACAUUUCGCUUCGCCCACUCCAAGCAUUCCCGCUGGAAGCACAGCUGAUUCAAACACCGCCAAGACGCCGAGCGGAAGUUCUAGCACGGGUGCCAUCGUCGGGGGUGUUAUGGGUGGUAUCGCUGGUAUUGCAGUCAUUUGUUUCUUGGUCGCAUUCAUCGUUCGACGCGUCCGUAACCGCCGUAAUGAAGAAGACCACUUUAGUGCUGCUCAUUUCCGUCGCAGUGCAGCACUUCUUGAUGACGAAUUCACUCCUGACGGAAGACUUCAACGAGGUAAUUCCGUUGGGUCUAAUCGAGCCGGUUACGGAUCUAUGGGAGGCGGUAAUUAUGCUGAUGGUGAACGUUCUCUUCGGCCGCCGACCAUGAUUGAAAGACACAUGGCCAACGUCCCCACCUCUGGUGGUCUUCCGCCACCAAUGCCAGCUUUCAACUACAAUCAGCAAUACGGCUAUGACGGUCAAGGAUAUGGUCAGGGCUAUGACCAAGGCUACAAUGCUGGCUUCCAACCUGGAGACGUAAUGCCUGCAAACAUUCCACCCGAAAGUUAUGGAUAUAGCGGAGAACCUGCAUACCUGAACCGCAAACAAUCUAUGAGCUCCAGCGGUCAUGGCCACGGCGGAUAUGCUGACCUGCAGAGGAACCCAAGCAUGAACGCUGGCUACGCCGAUCUACAGAGAAAUCCUUCUGUUGGUAACGGAUAUGGCGGCGGAUAUGCUGUUGGAGAGGCUGCGUCUCCACCUAUGCCCAUGAUGAGCCCUCCACCUCCCGUCGCCAAUGUCAGUAGCUCUGCCAUUACUUCUGAUAUCUCGACGUCCCAAGCUAGCGCUCUGGCUGCUGCUGCUGCUGCUGCUGCCAAAGCUGGUAGCCACCCCGUUUCCAAGCAAGAAGCGGCGGCGGCUCCACCUGCUACACGCCCAUACACGGUGUAUGAAGCCGAUGAUGCGUAUGGAGGCAUGUAAGGGAUUCAGGACAUCACAACUAUCUCGCACCCCAGGAUUGACUGCGUUGUACACUCCCCCCCUUGGAUAUUUGUAUCGCUUUUCUUUGUAUCAUUCCUCGUUCGCUCAUUCGGUGGUGUUUGUGUUUGACAUUCCCCUGCUGCCAGCUUUGUCUUAGUCUUUAUUUAUUUAUGUUCAUCCUUCACGCACAUAUCUCGGUGUUUGUUUGUCAGUUAUGUUUGUUUGGUUAACUGUUGUUCUUUCCACUUCUUCACGGGUUCACGAGUCCCAUACCCAUGGGUAGUGAUUUGGUCUGUUCAAAACUUCGCAUACGACCUUGUUUUUUCCAAAGUUUGUCCUCGUGUACGACUUUUGGCCUGAACCUAUGUCCUCUACUAGCUUUAUCCGUGGUUGUUCUACAUUAUUACUUCCCUCGUCUACUUGGUCAGGUUACCCGAUACCCUUUACAAUUCCAGCCCGCGUUUUUCUUCUUAAUCUUUUCUUUUACUCUUUUUCGAAUCAAACAAUGUGUCAUUGAAGUGUUA